AAACUUUCAAGUUGUGCGUUGAAUAACUUGAGCUAUAAUUGCAUUAUAAUCAAGAACAUCGUCAGUUCAGAAAAUAAUAUGUCUCUGCUGCCAAUCUUGCUUUCCGACGUCCUCGACGACUUCGAGAGUCCCUCCAGCAUCCUGGACGGACACUACGGGAUGCCACUCAGCCCGGAAGAUCUCUUCGAAUAUCGUUCGCCGAGUUGUUCGGAUAUCCUGCUCUACAAACCGGUGCGAAAAUUGCGUGGGAGGAGGUACAGACCCUACGAAACGCAGCUUGUGAACAAGUCGAAGGGUGCCUCCGUCAUCAAGGCCGACAAAGAUAAGUUCCACCUGACACUGGACGUUCAGCAUUUCGCCCCGGAGGAGAUCUCGGUUAAGGUGGUCGACAACAAUGUAGUCGUCGAAGGAAAGCACGAGGAGAAGGAGGACGAUCAAGGUUGGAUCUCGAGGCAGUUCCUGAGGAGGUACAUGGUGCCGUCACAGUGCGACAUUGAGCAGGUACGAUCGAGCUUAUCGUCGGAUGGAAUCCUGACCAUAACUGCGCCCAGAAAAGAUGCGCCGCCGAUUGAGAAUCGUGAGAGAGUAAUCGAGAUUAAACACACGGGAAAACCAGCUGUCAUGCAGGAAGAUGAAACGUCGGAGAAACAGAUCGGUGGAAAAGUAAAGGACGAUCAACGUAAGAAGAGAGAAGCGCAGGCCGUGGAAAAGAAGAAAACUAUCGCGGCUGCCUAAAGAACUGUUGUUCAUUUUGUUUUCA